AUAUACGUUUCCUGCAAAAGCGUGCAAGUGUCAGGACAAUGGUUGAUAUGUGUGUGAGAACGUCCUUGAUGUUAUUUCAGAAUCUCUCUUUUGCUAACUCCAACAAAAACCUUCACAUAUAUACCUAGGGGUAGUCAUAGUCAUUUUGCAGCACAAGUGUUAAUCUGCACGUUAUCGUCAUGUCUUCAACCAAACGCGCCAACAACAAGUUGACUUUAAAGAAAAGUGCAACGAGUAAGAAGCCUUACAUAAAUGCCUGUGGGGGUGGUGGACGCUCAAUCUUAAAGAUCGCCUUAGAAAAACCUACAAAGUUAUCCGAUGGUGAUGUGAUCAACCUCCUCACGGAAGAUAAAGAAGGACAUCCGGAAAGAACAAUAGCUACCACCACCACCACCACCACAAAUGAACUGGAAGAUUUUCUAAAAGAAUAUGAGGGAAAUUUCAAUCAUGUUUACGCUCCUCCAAUUACAACGAUUCCUCCAUCUCACAUGAGACCACCGGUGAUAGAUCCCAGACAUGGCCAGCAACAACAACACCAACAACAGUUAAGACAGUCAGUAUCCAUCAGUACAAAUAUUGGAGCAUAUUAUAAUUCCUGCGCCGCUACCCCAGGCAAAUACUCAAACGCAGCCGUCAGAAAUGGUAGCUUUACAUCCACAAUCCGCGAUGGGUGACAUGCAUCAAUUUCC